UAGGAUUUUUGACAGUUUCAGAUAAAUGUUAGUGAUAUGAGACUAAAGGACCAUGUGAGGUCAGUGCUGAUUAAAUCCAGUCCAGAAUUCAGAACUUGGGAAUGUGAGCAUGAUGGGAAGGAAUUUUUUUUAGCAUUAGUUUCUGGGCAUCUACUUAAAUCUGGUUAUGUCAAAUUGCUCCAGGUCAUAGAUUUAUUAGCAUAUUCAAUUCUGGAACCUGGUUUCUGAACUUCUUGCCCAAUGCAUUUCCUACGGGACCAAGCUGACUUGCCUCUUCUGUAUUUGAAGAUCUUGCAGAAAUAUUAACUAAACUGAAAAUUAUUUUUGACUGUUUAUUGAGACCUAUGGGGGAAGAGUGAUGGUGACAGUGUUGUUAGUAGGACCAUAUAUCUGGAGCUCCCGAUCUCCACAUACACUGAAUUUAACCUGCCUCCUUUCUUUGCAGUAGCCCUUCACUCUUCUAAGUGAGAUGAUCACCAUGAUUCUUUCCAAUAAUUCUCAUAACUUCCCACAUACUUUCUUCUUGGCUGGCAUACCAGGACUGACUGCUGCCCACAUUUGGAUCUCACUUCCCUUUUGCUUCAUGUUCUUCCUGGCAGUGACUGGGAAUUGUGUUCUGCUUUUUCUUAUCUGGACCAAGCACAGCCUUCAUUGGCCCAUGUUUUUCUUUCUUGCCAUGCUCUCCUUUGUUGACCUGGUUCUCUCCCUCUCUGCUCUGCCUAAGAUGCUGGCCAUCUUCUGGUUUGGUGCUACAGCUAUCAGCUCCCACUCCUGUCUUCCCCAGAUGUUCUUCAUCCAUACAUUCUCUGCUAUGGAGUCAGGAGUGCUGGUGGCCAUGGCCAUGGACCAUUUUGUGGCCAUCUGUAACCCACUACAUUAUGCAACCAUUCUUACCCCGGUUGUUGCCAAGAUUGGAGGCCAAGUGGUGCUGCGAGGUGUGGGGUUGACCAUCUCCUUCCCAAGCUUGGCCCAUCGGCUGCCCUACUGUGGCUCUCACACAAUUGCCUAUACUUACUGUGAGCAUAUGGCAGUAGUAAAGUUGGCCUGUGGGGCCACCACUGUGGAUAACCUCUAUGCCUUUGCUGUAGCAAUCUUUCUUGAUGUGGGUGAUGUAGCCUUUAUUGUUUAUUCCUAUGGACAGAUUGUGAGGACUGUGAUUCAUUUUUCUUCACCUGAGGCACGUGCUAAAGCAGGCAGCACAUGUACGGCUCAUGUCUGUGUCAUCCUCUUCUUCUAUGGACCAGGCUUUCUUUCUGUGGUCAUGCAGCGCUUUGGCCCACCCACAGCCUCUGCUGCUAAGGUCAUCCUUGUCAAUCUCUACUUGCUCUUUCCCCCUGCACUAGACCCCAUUGUCUAUGGAGUCAAGACCAAGCAGAUCCAGGAGCAGCUGUUUAAAAUGUUAAGGCCCAAGCAGAUUGAGCCCACCUGAGUGUAGUUCUCAUCAGCUGGAUCUCAGGGCAACGGUGGUCCUCCCCUAUGGGGUGGGGGCCCCACAGCCCAGGUCAUUUACCUGGUAGGGACAGUCAAGAGAAAGCAAAUGAAGUUUUCUUGUGUGUUUGGAAGUUGGGAAAUCUCUUCUGAGGUCUAUAUAGUGUUUAGGUAUUGGGAUGGAAAACAGAAGUGCUGGGGUAUCUCAAGCAAGUAAUUUUUUGAAUACAUCUUUCUUCUAAGAGUUUAUGA